AUGGCUCGCAAUCGCUACGCAGUCAGACGUCCAAAGAGCACCCGAAAGAGCACCCGCAACAUUUCCUCUAGCAUCAAAAAAUGCAACGUAGACGCCCCCGAAAUCGAAGGCUCAGGCCGAAGCACGCCUGUAAUUACAGGAACCGGAUGCGAGGCUACAACAGAUUCGGGCAAAUAUCACUCCAAGAUCAACGCCGCCAGUUCGCACGCCCGCAGGGUUACUCGCACACGAGCCACUCGAUUCAGAGGCCCAACAAGUAUCCACGAAAUUCUUGCCUUGGGGCUACAACAUGCGUUCAAGAAAGAACGAGAAUAUCUUGACUACACCAAGAGAGUGGCCAGUGUGUCUUGCCAACCAAAUCAAGGUGAAAACUUGACUCACGUAGCUGGUUUACAGCGGUUUUGUGGCAGAGUGUUUGGUAUUGGCGGCGACACUGACGAUUGUGAGCGAACCAACGGUGAGGAGAUGGACAACGGGUCCUUGUCAACAGAUGAAGCAGAGCAGUCAUUUGGGGGACUAGGUGAUGUGCUCGAUGCGCGUUUCGCGUUGCGAAUACCUCAUGUGUACGAUUUCAAGAGGCAAUCAUCUUCGAAUCGACUCCAAGCUGCACUGCAGCUGAAGGACUCCUUUUGGCGACCAAAUGCAACGUCGGCGCGGCAGAAUACCAGUCCUACAAGAGUUGCGCCGGAGUCCUUCAGAGGACCGAAAAAACUAUGGCAUCCAACCUCCCACGUCAGUUGUCGACAGUGGCUGCAAAAUUCGUCGUCAAAAUACGGGUGCAAGCGCCUAAGCGCCCGGGCCAUCACCUUCAAGACAAGCAAGUCUUCCUUCCCUGGUGAUAAUCGGGCUUAUCUGGAGAAUGAGCUGGAUACAAUCAUGACAAUUGACGAUGAUUGGGGUGCGAUUGGAAUCUUUGAAACUGACAUCCCGCACAUAUCAGGCGUGAUCCAAUCCUGGACCUGGAUCAAAAUCACGAAGCCAGUCUUCGUGGUCGAUGACCCCGAAGAGCCACAUGUCGGACCGCAAUCGUGGGUAGUAUUCGCCAUACCUAGUCGACAGGUUGAGAAGUUGGGGGAAGUCUAG